AUGGCGCAACAUUCUAACAUCGCCCGGUCGGCUAUCAUGACGUCGGCCACUGCACCUGAGUUGAUGGGGGAUCAGAGGAAUAAUAUUAAUCGAUUCAACGGCGCCACAUCUAACGGGGAUGGCUCGGGAUCGGGAGAAGAAGGAGCUCUUAUGCAUCCCCCGAAAACUGUGGUCAACCGAGCGCUAGGUAAUGACCUGCAUUCCGAUUCCCACAAAUCUUCACUGCCGCCCAAGGGCGGAGUCGGAACGACUCUCACAGACACUCCGGUUUCUACCGCACCCCCGUCUCCACAGAUAUCGGGCAUUUAUCACCCUGCCGGUACCCCCAGUCGAGUAAGGGCAACUACCCUCGAUAUUCCCGGACUGACCAAGUCCAAGGUCUCUCCGGAUGGCCGAAUUGCCCAGCGAGAUGUUGGCGCAAAACUUGUCAUUGUCAUGGUCGGUCUCCCCGCCCGGGGUAAAAGUUACAUUACCAAGAAGUUGGCCCGCUACUUAAAUUGGCUCCAACAUGAUACCGAAAUCUUUAAUGUCGGACAGCGUCGCCGUGUGGCUGCUGGGAAAUCCCCGACACCUACGCUCGGUGUUGGCCAUCAUCGGAAACGAAGCACUGUCCACAAGGAUCUCGUUGACUCAGUGCGUCGGUUGAGUGUCAGCGUCGGCACCACGUUGAAUCACUCCGAGGCUUCUCCACCAGAGAAUGAGGCUGCACUUCCUCCAGUGGUACCAACAAAAAUCCUAGUGAAUGGGGAGGAGCCUGAACAAACCUCUCAGAAUGGGAGCACAGUUGUACCCUCAGUUGACGCGGGCCCUGCACAAUCCUGUGAGAACGAGGAAGCCAUCAACGAGGCAUCCCCUGAGCCGAUGGACCAGACCGCUAGUUUCUUUGACCCGCAGAACCAACGUGCUGUCAAGAUGAGAGAGCAAGUUGCCCUGGAUACUCUCGAUGAGCUGCUUGACUAUAUUCUAGAUGAAGGCGGCAGCAUUGGUAUCCUUGAUGCGACCAACAGCACCAUGGAACGACGCAAAGCAAUUGUUGAUCACAUUCGCAAUCGCGCUGGUCCCGAGCUCAAUAUCUUAUUCCUUGAAAGUAGUUGCGUCGACCAGGAUUUGCUCGAGGCUAAUAUGCGCCUGAAGCUUUCCGGACCCGACUAUAAAGGCCAGGACCCAACCGAGGCACUUGCCGACUUCAAGAAACGUGUUGCUCUUUAUGAAAAGUCCUAUGUGCCUCUUGGUGAAUACGAGGAGAGGCAUCGCAUGGCUUAUAUUCAGAUGAUUGAUGUCGGCCGUAAGGUUGUCGCCCAUCAAACUCAUGGCUUCCUUGCCUCUCAGGUCGUAUAUUAUUUGCUCAACUUCAACCUUUCCCCACGCCAAAUUUGGAUCACUCGACACGGCGAAAGUUUGGACGAUGCCGCCGGCCGCAUCGGCGGUGACUCUGACCUCAGCGAGAACGGCAAAAGAUAUGCCAAGGCGUUGGCUCGUUUCGUUGACCACCAGCGGCAGCAGUGGGAGUCAUACCAGCGGCAGAAGGACCUUCUUAAGCAUUUCCCACCCCGACCUGGUGACAGCACACCCCCCAAUCCAUCUUAUCUUCCUCGGGAAGGACCGCGCAACUUCUGUGUUUGGUCUUCAAUGAUGCAACGUUCCGUACAAACUGCCGAAUAUUUCAACGAAGAUGAUUAUGAUGUCAAGCAGAUGAGAAUGUUGGAUGAAAUCCACUCCGGCAAGAUGGAAGGCAUGACAUACAAGGAAAUCCAAGAACAGUAUCCCGAGGAGUAUGCCCACCGCAAGCGGGAUAAGCUCUUCUACCGAUAUCCCGGACCUGGAGGGGAAAGUUACCUUGACAUCAUCAACCGGUCCCGCACAGUUAUCGUCGAGAUCGAGCGCACCACAGACCAUGUGCUUCUAGUUGGACACCGAUCCGUUGCACGUGUACUCUUGGCCUACUUCCGUGGUCUGAAGCGCGACGAGGUUGCCGACCUCGAUGUCCCGAUGGGUGUGCUGUACAUGCUUGAGCCCAAACCAUAUGGGGUCGAGUUCAAGGCUUACCGCUACAAUCCCGAGAAGGAUUGGUUCGAUUAUCUUCCCGACUACGAACUGCAUCAAGUCAAAGCCCAGCUCCAGUAA